AUUUCGCAUACCGCGAAAGCCUUGUAGCCCCGACAUCAGUUCCGACGGUUGAAACCCAGCACCACCAUAGCUGUCUAUGCAUUACCAUCAGCAUCCGAUUAUCAUUCCGGCCUGCCACAUGACAAUCAAAACUCAUCAAGAGCACUGAAACCCUCGUUGCUCCGCCCAUCCUCAACUAUCUUCUGCUAUCAAGUCUAUACAUGACAUCCUCGUCAUCUUACGACCAUACCAAUUACUAGCUCGCCUACCAGCUUCGCCCUGCCACCUUUACUUACUACACAGUAACUAUUCAAUACCGUUAUCAUGGCUCUCGUCAACGUUCGCCGCGAUGUUAGCGAUGCUUUCUAUCGUUACAAGAUGGAGCGUCUGCAGACCAAGAUCGAAGGCAAAGGAAACGGUAUUAAGACCGUUGUUGUCAACCUCAGCAGUGUAGCAGCCUCACUCGCCCGUCCCGGCUCCUACGUCAUCAAGUACUUCGGUUUCGAACUUGGUGCUCAAACCAACAUUGACCCCAAGGACGACCGUUGGAUCAUCAACGGUGCCCACGAUGCCCCCAAGCUCCAGGAUCACCUCGAUGGCUUCAUCAACAAGUUUGUUCUCUGCAAAAAGUGCAAGAACCCCGAGACCGAUGUUGUGAUCAAGGAUGACCACAUUACCCUCGACUGCAAGGCUUGCGGUAAGAUCAGCGAUGUCGACCUUCGCCUCAAGCUCAGUGGCUUUAUCCUCAAGAACCAGCCCAAGAAGGGCAAGAAGGAUAAGGCCGAGCGUAGGGCUGCCAAGAAGGCCCGACAGAACGGCAACGCUGCCAAUGGCACCAACGGUGGCAGUGAUGAAGCUUCUGACAACGGCUCAAACGAGAACGCCGACGAGGAUGCUGGCAGUGAUGAUGAGUUCCAAAAGGUCCAAGCCGAGGCCGCUGCAGCUGCUCAGGAGAACGAAGUCAAGGAGCAUGAAUGGGCUGUCGACAUGAGUGAGGAAGCUGUCAAGGCCCGCCAGGCUUCUCUCCCUGGCGAGUUUAAGGCGAAGCUCAACAUUGGCGAUGAUGACGAUGAAGAUGGUGAGGGCGGUCCCACUAUCUACGAUGAACUUGGUGACUGGAUCCAGUCCCAAGCUGAGGAGAAGGGUGGCAUCGACAAGGUUGAGUCGAUCGACAUUUAUGUCAAGGCCAAGGAACUUGGUAUUGAGGGCAAGCACCGCACCGUUCUUGUUCUUGUUCAGACUAUUUUCGACAAGAACAUUGUUGCUCAAAUUUCCAAGCGUGCUAGCAUGCUCAAGCAGUUUGUUACUUCUGAGCGUCACGAGAGGGCUCUUCUUGGAGGCACUGAGCGCCUUGUUGGCGGUCUUGGCGCUGAUCAUCCCGAGAUGUUCCAGUCCAUUGUCAAGAUUCUCCAGCUCUACUACCACCACGACUUGAUCAGCGAGGAGGUCGUGACCAAGUGGGGUUCCAAGGCCAGCAAGAAGUACACUGACAUCUCAACCUCCAAGAAGGUCCGCAAGGCUGCUGAGCCCUUCCUGACAUGGCUCGCCGAGGCUGACUCAGAGGAGGAGUCUUCUGACGAGGAGUAAAUUCCUCUUCCUGCGGACUGUUUCGUGUUGUGAAGUUUGGAUGGAGGGAGUGUACGUGCAAUUUUACUCACAUAGCUAAUAGCACAGUCCAGUCUGAUGCUCUUUGUGACACAUGUCGUUCAAUUCCACUCUGCUAUUAUUAUUAUUAUUAUUAUUCUGAAACUCGUGCCAAAGUGUUUAAGCGUUAUGCUAAGUAGUAUCGCCCUCGUAACGAUUUCCUCUGUGCACCAUGCUUGGCCAAGCUAUUCUGAUAUGCCCAAGAGUGGCGUGUUAUUACUCCUUCUGGGAACUUAUCAUAAUCUAAAUAUGCUGAAGCCGAUUCCGUCUUGAGGUUCUUUCCUGCUCUAUAUUCUUCUUUAGUUUUCAAGCCUGGGAUUGUGCGCAAUUAAUUUAAUUUAAUCUCUUUAGAUAAACCCUUUUUUGAACAUGCUUGGCCAUAGAAAAUCCAACGGUAUAAAAGCCAGUUUGACGGGGUAUCAUCUCGU